CUGGGAACUUUCUUAGAACUGCAAACAGUUUGGCGGCUCUGACUUUGCUCUGAUCACUGCUAGCCUCUCUCGCGCAUCUCGCACAGUGGCGCGGCUUCUGUCUUCUCUCCUUAACCUCCCGGAUCUCGGACUGCCCCACGCGCGGGCGAAGCACCUCCCGAGCCCGGCAUGUCGUGGAACUUGACCGCGGAGCAUCUCUCGGCGCUGCUUCGGCUGCACAACCUGACGCGAGCGCAGUUCAUCGCGCGCUAUGGGCUGCGGCCACUGGUGCUCACCCCGCAGCUGCCCGUGCGCGCCAGGCUUGCCCUCCUGCUCGCCGGCCUGCUCAUCUUCGCCCUGGCGCUCUUCGGCAACGCCCUGGUAGUCUACGUGGUGACCCGCAGCAAGGCCAUGCGCACCGUCACCAACAUCUUCAUCUGCUCCCUGGCACUCAGCGACCUGCUCAUCGUCUUCUUCUGCAUCCCGGUCACCAUGCUCCAGAAUGUCUCAGACACCUGGCUGGGGGGUGCCUUCAUUUGCAAAAUGGUCCCAUUUGUCCAGUGCACUGCCAUUGUGACAGAAAUCCUUACUAUGACCUGCAUUGCCGUGGAAAGGCACCAGGGACUUGUCCAUCCUUUUAAAAUGAAGAGGCAGUACACCAAUCAAAGGGCUUUCACAAUGCUAGGUGUGGUGUGGCUGGUGGCCAUCAUCAUAGGAUCACCCAUGUGGCAUGUGCAGCGACUUGAGAUUAAGUAUGACUUCCUAUAUGAAAAAGAACACAUCUGCUGCUUGGAAGAGUGGAGCAGCCCCGUACACCAGAAAAUCUACACCACCUUCAUCCUCGUCACCCUCUUUCUGCUGCCUCUGUUGCUGCUGUCUGUUCUCUACGGGAAAAUCGGUUAUGAGCUUUGGAUCAAGAAAAGAGUCGGAGAUGGCUCAGUGCUCCGAACUAUUCAUGGAAAAGAAAUGUUCAAAAUAGCCAGAAAGAAGAAGCGAGCUGUGAUCAUGAUGGUGACAGUGGUGGUUCUCUUUGCUGUGUGCUGGGCACCUUUCCACAUUGUUCACAUGAUGAUUGAAUACAGUAAUUUUGAAAAGGAAUAUGAUGAAGUCACAAUCAAGAUGAUUUUUGCUGUAGUGCAAAUAAUUGGAUUUUUCAACUCCAUCUGUAAUCCUAUUAUUUAUGCACUUAUGAAUGAAAACUUCAAAAAAAACUUUGUGUCUGCCGUUUGCUAUUGCAUAGUAAAAGAAAUGCCCUCUCCAGCACGGAAGCAGGGAAGAUCAGCAGCUAUGGUGAUGCAUAGGAGAGCAAAGUUAGCUGCGGGAGAGAAUCCUGUCGAGAUCAAAGAAGAAGCAUUUGGGGGCAGCAACAUCGAUAUCAAGUGGUGUGACCAGCCAGAAAAGAAGAAAAAGAAACCAAAAGUGGCAUCUUGUCUUUUUUAGUUCUGAAUUUCUGAGAACUCUGCUGUGGAUAUGAACAUUGAUUGUAACAGUGUCUUGAGAAUGAGUACCUAUAGGACUGUAAUCUAAAGAAAAUCAUUUUGAGAAAAAGUCAGAGAGCUUUCACAUUAAAAGUGUUGACAAGCACUUGGAAGGUAGGGGCAGGGGAUUCAAGAGUUUAAAGUCAUCCUCAGCUGCAUGAUAAGUU